AAAUAAUAAUAGUGGGGGGAGUGAAAGAAUUUCGAUAAACUCAUGAUUGAGUUUAAGAGUUAACUUUGGUUUUCUCUUUAAGAAGCCACAAGUGUGAGUGCUCUUUGGCUGUCUUUGACAUACUCUGUUUAUCAUUAUGGCAUAUUUAGGGUCAAGAAAACUUUGUAUUCAAGUCGAAAAAUUGUGUUUAGAAUUAAAAAAUAUUGUUAAAGUUCAACCUGUUAGUGUUAAAAGUGUUGGAAUUAAUCAUGGUUUUUGCCGCCCAAUUUCUACUCUCGUCCCCAGACACAAUCAAAUCGGUGAUAUUCAAAAUGGAAACUGUGCCAUAAAAAAUUCACGAUUAUUGAGUUCAAUGCUGCCAAAUCAGCCUGGUUCAUUACUCAAAGAAAAUAUUGAUCCAUACAAGCUGCUUGAAGCUGAUUUAAAAGAUAUUUAUAGUGAUAUUCGACAAAAGCUCAUAAAAAGCACCAAUAUUGAAGAGCUUCAGACAAUUGCAACAUAUUACUUUGAUGGACAAGGAAAGGCACUGCGUCCUAUGAUUGCUGUCCUUAUGGCACGAGCAAGCAAUUAUCACGAACACAAAGAUCAACUUUUGGCUUCUCAACGACAAGUAGCUAUGAUUUCUGAGAUGAUUCAUAGUGCUUCAUUGAUCCAUGAUGACGUUAUAGAUCAAUCCAACUUUCGUCGUGGAAAACCUUCUGUAAAUGUUCUUUGGAGCCAGAAAAAAGUAACAAUGGCAGGAGAUUUCAUUCUCGCAGUAGCUUCAAUGAUGAUUGCACAAUUAAAAAAUGACAACGUUACGAUAACGCUGAGUAAGGUCAUUACCGAUCUAGUGCAAGGAGAGUUCAUGCAGCUUGGAUCAAGAGAAACUGAAAAUGAAAGAUUUGCUCAUUAUCUCACGAAAACAUACAGAAAAACAGCAAGUCUUAUUGCCAAUACAGCAAAAGCUGUUGCGAUGCUUAGUGGUGCUGAUGACAGAGUAGCAGAAGUAGCAUUCCAGUAUGGCCGAAAUAUCGGUUUGGCUUUUCAAUUAGUCGAUGACCUUCUCGAUUUUGUUUCUUCUUCAGAAACAAUGGGAAAACCAGCUGCAGCAGAUUUAAAACUUGGCUUGGCUACAGCACCUGUUCUUUUUGCUUGUGAAAAAUAUCCUGAACUGGAUCCAAUGAUACUUCGUCGUUUUCAAGAACCAGGUGAUGUCGAGAGAGCUUUUAAAUUGGUGCAUGAUUCAGAGGGAUUAAAUCAAACAAAGUUUCUUGCAAAAAAGCACUGCAAUGAAGCAAUUAGUCUAGCUCAAUCACUUGCUGCUAGUCCAUAUCAAGAAGGACUUAUUGUUGUUGGUGAUUUAGUUCUUAAUCGGAUAAAAUAACUGAUACAUAUAUUAUGUUUUUAUUAAAUUAUAUAUUUUUUAUUAUAGAAUAGUU